AGAGAGGAGUUCACAUCAGUUCCUUAUCAUCAUCCACCAUGUUCUCUGCAGCUGUGAUGCUGCUGCUGGCAGCUGGAUCCUGUGUGAGGUGUAUUGACCUCAUCCAGCCAAACUCAGUGUUUGUGCAGCGUGGACAGUCUUUGACCAUCACCUGUCAGGUCUCUGGUUAUUCUCUGACUGAUAACAGCUAUGCGACAGGUUGGAUAAGACAUCGUGAAGGAAAACCAAUGGACUGGAUUUUUCAUCAGUGGGGUGGAGGUAGCAUCAUUAAAAAUAGUGCUCUAGAGAACAAGUUCAGCUUCAGCAGAGACACUCCAGCAAGAACAGUAACAAUACAAGGACAGAAUCUGGAGCCUGAGGACACAGCUGUUUAUUACUGUGUCCGUUACUUGGGUAGCAGCUAUGGUUUUGACUACUGGGGAAAAGGAACAAUGGUGACCGUCACAUCAGGCACUCCAUCUGUUCCGACUGUGUUUCCUCUGAUGCCCUGUGGUUCCGGGACAACGGAGACUGUCACUCUUGGUUGCUUGGCCACUGGCUUCACACCCUCAUCUCUGACAUUCACAUGGAAAAAAAAUGGGGCUUCCUUGGUGGAUUUCAUCCAAUACCCUCCAGUGCAAAAAGGCAACGGUUAUACAGGAGUCAGCCAAAUCCGUGUCAGCAGAGCAGACUGGAAUACAGGGAAGCGUUUCCAGUGUGCUGUGUCCCACUCCACAGGAAACAAAGAAACUGGAGACAUUUUUAAGCCAAAAAUCAAGGUUAUCUCACCAAGUAUCACAUUGAACUCUAUCUGGGAAGAUAAAUUAACAGUCAAACUCAUCUGCACCCUAAGUGGCUUCUUUCCAGACAAGUUGAGUGUGGCGUGGCAACAGGACAACCAAACUUUAAGUAAUGUCCCACUUCAGACAAAGUUGUGGAGCAUUCAGGGAGUGGAGAAAACCUUCAGGCUUGACAGUGAGAUUGAGCCAGACAACACAGAAUGGGAAAGUGGCUCCUCAUUUAAAUGCAUGGCUUCUCACGAGGGAAAAGAAUUUACGAAAACAAUCAAUAUUUGUCAAGUGCAUGCAAGUGUCCCUCCUUCCAUUGAUGUGAAGAUUCCCAGCUUCAGGACUGUAAUGACAGCAUCUGUCGUGAAAGCAACAUGUUCUGUCCAAACUGUGUUUAAAGCUAAGGUGACCUGGCUGAUGGAUGGAAACGUUGCACCAGAUAACAUAGUGGGAAAGACUGCGAACGCAACUCAUAUAAACAGUGAUGUGACGGUUCCCUCUAGUCAGUGGAAACAACUCAGAUUUAUAUCUUGUCAAGUUGACUACAAGUGCUUUUCAUCUGUUCAGAAGAGAGUAAAUGUUAGAGGACCUGAGGUUAGAGCUCCAUCGGUAGAAAUCAAGCGAUCUCUCCCAGAUUUGUUGAAGGGAAAUAGUGCUGUGCUCAAGUGUGUCGUCACACCCCGCUCCCCGAGUGACCUCUAUGUCACUUUUCAGGCCAACAGUGUUGACAUCUCUGAAAAGCUGUAUAUUGAUCUUCCUGAGGCACCCGAACGCCAUUCAAUUACCAGCAGCUUCACUGUGCCUCAAAGUAACUGGAAAAAAACCACAACAUUUACCUGCAAAGUCCAUCAAGGCUUCACCGCCCCCUUCACAUCAAAGUCAACUGCAAAUAUAUUUGAGGAUCCUUCUGUGGAACUUUCUUCGGUUCCCAGUGGAGAAUCAGGACCACAAAGACUCUUAUGCUCUGGAAGGGGAUUCCACCCCCAAAUUAAAUGGUUUCCUGAGUCCCAGCAAACAUCCCCAAAAAAUGACUUCACCAUGGGAGUGGAUGGACACGUGGACGUAACCAGUCAACUUCAUGUCCCUCAAACAGAGUGGGAAACAGGCAAAGUCUUCACUUGUGAAGUGUCUGACACAUCUCUGAUGAAGAAAAUCAACAAAAGUGUCAGCCUCUGCUCAGUGACUCCAGCAUCAUUUCAGAAGGUUGGCGUAUAUGUUCAGGGACCCCCACUUUAUGAGUUUCAUAAAAAGGGGCAUGUGACAAUCACCUGUCUUCUAGUUGGCCGCCGGCUUGAUCAUUUCAUCAUCACUUGGAGAGUCAAUGGGGCCAUGAAACAUCCGUCGAAUUUCCAUAGCGAGCGACCAGUAACUCACAAUAACGGGACAGAGACUCUGCAGAGCUACUUCAAUGUUUCGGCAGAAGACUGGUAUGCUUAUAAACCGGUGUCCUGUGAGGGAACGCACCGAUGCUCCAAAAUCGGGUACAAGGAACAAAUAAGCAAAAGCAGAGACCUGCACCAGCCGACAGUGAAGAUAAUACAGCCAAGUGCCACUGAGCUCGCCCUGUCAGAAUUUGUCACACUUGUUUGCCUAGUUUCUGGAUAUUAUCCAUCCAAUAUCAUGGUGUAUUGGGAGGAAAAUGGCCAGAGACUUCCAUCAAAUCGCUUCACCAACGGCGCUGCAUGGACUUACACAGGGAGCAGCACUUAUUCAAUGAGCAGCAGACUCAACAUAUCCAAAAAUGAAGACAAGGGGUCUGCAUAUUGUUGUUCAGUCAGACAUGAGUCAUCUGAAAUACUUUUUCAAAGCACCAUAAAUAAUGUGUUUGCCACAGUGACCCACAGUGAACCUUCUGGCACCUUGCUCCAGGGUAAAAAAGAACUUGUGUGCCUAGCGUUUGGCUUCAGUCCUGCAUCUAUAAACAUCACCUGGUUUCUUGAUGAUUCCAUUGAACUGUUGGACUUCAAUACUAGUGAGCCCCAAACGAGCCAGAAUGGAAAGUUCAGUAUCCAAAGCCACCUUCGUCUGUCCAAAGUCAACUGGUUACCUGGAGCAACCAUUACCUGCAGGGUGACGCAUGCAAACACCAUGCUAUCCCUGAACAUAUCUAAACCAGACACAUUGGAGCACUGUCUUUUUUUAGAUGACAUCUUGUAUGCGGACUUGUAUCAGGACAUAGGUGCGGAAAGCUAUAUCACUAUAGUUUUCCUGCUGUUUUUCCUCAUCGCUGUCAUCUAUGGCAUCUCGGCGACCAUAUUUAUGACCAGAUGAUGAUCACAGGAAAGAUAUUCUCUCGUCUUACGAUCCAAAUGACAUGGAGAGGUCACAUUUAUUUCUUUUCUAAGUUUUUUUUUGUUCAUGUUUUUUCUAUUUCUCUUACUUGGGACUACAUUCAUUUCUUUUGAUUUAUUCUUCAUAUGUUGUCUUUCAAAUACCAAUAUAAUAAACACAUGUUCAGUGA